UAUUACCCUUGGACAGUGGAAUUGUGGGAUUUUGUCUCGUGGAGCGACUCUUCGUCGCGACCGCUUCAGCUCUGAGGACCUUUGUCCUUGUGGUUGGAGAGAUUAGGCUGCGUCCUUUCGAGAUCGAACGAUUCCCAGGGCCAUGAAUAAAGACAGCUCCUUUUCAAAGAACUCCAAGGAGGAUACCCAGAAACCAGAGAAGAAAUGCAAGGCCUUCAAGGAUAUUUCCAAAUACUUCUCUAAGGAAGAAUGGGCAAAACUUGGAUACUCAGAUAAAAUCACCUAUGUGUACAUGAAGAGAAACUAUGACACCAUGACUGGUCUAGGUCUCAGGGCCACCCUCCCAGCCUUCAUGUGUCCUAAAAAGAGGGCCAUGAAAUCCAGUGGGCAUGAUUCUGAUGAAGGUCAGGACCGCAAGAAUCAGGGUGAACCUCGUCAGGGGCCUUCUGAUGCGCAAGAUCGAGAGCAAAUGAAGGUGAUGCUCAAGAAACCAAUAAAGGAAGAAAGUGAUUCAGAACCAAUACCAAUAACACCUGGCCCUGAGCAGGCUCAGAAAGAGCUGUGCCCCCCAGGAAAAGCAAGUACCUCUGGUCAACAGAGCGAGAACAUACCAGGACCCAGGAGAGGGAUGAAUAGUAUUUGGGCCUACAGACUGCGGGAAAGAAAGAACCUAAUAGUGUAUGAAGAGAUCAGUGAUCCCGAGGAAGAUGACUAACUCUGGAUGUGACAAGUGCCCAUGAUAAGAAGCCUUUCACGAAGUGGCCUUUCACGAACAUGGGCAUGGCUGUGAACUCCUAGCCAUCAGGUGUAUAGCGAGUAAAAGAGCGAGUUCACAGUAGUGAAAAGUUUUUCUUACUCUGUGACAAAUAUUGUUAGAUAUUAGAGUUUUGUUAAUGAACAAGACAUAUACUUAAUGCAUAUUUCUUUCUGUUUAUCCAUGCACUUAACCUUAGAAAAUAAGUAUUGUUGGGUAUUCUCUGCCCAGAACGGCACGACCCUCCUCCCCUGAUGUGAUUGCUGGAGGGCAGUUCUGGGUGUUUGAUUCCACGUGUUUUUCUCUGCAUUUACACACACACGUGGUACCACUGUAAGUAUCUCCCACCUGCUUUUCCCCAUUGCCUGCACAUCUUGGACA